GGACACAAGGUACCAAGGUUCUGCUUCAUUGUCACUUUGGAGCCUAAUGUACUUGGUUUCAGUGUGAUUGGAUGGCUUCUCACAAAUCCCCAAAACAGAACAAGGUUUUACUAUAACAACUGUAUUUACUCUUUUUAGUUAAGGAAGCUACUACUCCAUCUCAACAGAAUUUGAAGACUCUUAUCAGAAUGUAUUGUGGAGAUUACACACAAGGAACAAUUCUUCCUGCUCCAAAUUUUAACCCUAUAAUGGAUGCCCAGGUGCUAGGAGGAGCUCUACAGGGAAUUAGUUGUGAGAAAGAUGUGUUGAUUGAAAUCCUAACUCAGCGUUGCAACUCCCAGCGGCUCAUGAUUGCUGAGGCAUACAGAGACAUGUAUGGCAGGGAUCUGAUAACAGACCUAAAAGAGAAUCUCUCUCAUCACUUUAAAGAAGUUAUGGUUGGCUUGAUGUAUCCACCUGCAUCCUAUGAUGCCCAUGAGCUUUGGCAUGCCUUGAAGGGAGUAGACACAGAAGAAAAAUGUCUAAUUGACAUAUUAGCCUCAAGAUCAAAUAUGGAGAUCUUUCAGAUGAAAGAAGCCUACCUAAUGCAAUAUAACACUGAUCUUCAACAAGAUAUUGAUUCUGAGACUUCAGGUCACUUCAGAGAUACACUCAUGAACCUUGCUCAGGGAACAAGGAUGGAAGGAUAUGCAGACCCUUCUACAGCUACUCAGGAUGCAAUGAUACUAUGGGAAGCAUGUCAGCAGAAGACAGGCGAACACAAAAACAUGCUGCAAAUGAUUCUCUGCAACCGGAGUCACCAGCAGCUGUGGAUGGUUUUCCAGGAGUUCCAAAAUAUCUCUGGACAAGACAUAGUAGAUGCCAUUAAUGAAUGUUACGAUGGAUACUUUCAAGAAUUACUGGUUGCAAUAGUUCUCUGCAUUCGUGACAAGCCUUCCUACUUUGCUUACAGGCUUUAUAAUGCAAUUCAUGACUUUGGUUUUCACAAUAAAACAGUUAUUAGGAUUCUCAUUGCCAGGAGUGAGAUAGACUUGAUGAACAUACGCCAGCGAUACAAAGAGAGAUAUGGGAAAUCACUCUUCCAUGACAUUAAACAUUUUGCUUCAGGGCAUUAUGAGAGUGCUUUACUUGCUAUCUGUGCUGGUGAUACAGAAGAUUAUUAAGAUGUACUCUGAAGGCUGUGCAAACCUAUUUGAAAUAGAAAUUGAAGCUGUGUGUAACUGAAUUUGAAGCUAACUGUAAGAGACCCCUAUUUAACAUAACAGAACAGCAAAAUCAGUAAUGUACAUUUGCUUAUAUUAAAUCUUUCUUGAGACAGGAAAAAAUGUUGGGAGGAACAUGGUUUUAUCCCUAGUUUUAAUUAAUAUUUCUGAUUUUAUGAUUAAUGUCAAUUAAUGAAGCAAGUGGUAAAAUGAUUCUGUGUAGACAUUUGUUUAUUGUUUAGUGUCACAACAUCACAAACAUUCAUCAACAGGCUCUGGAAGAAUUUAUUCACUUCCAUAUCAGAAAGAAGAAAAUACUUUGCUUUAUUUACUUUUAGCAAGAGGAUUUCUUCUUUUACAGAAUUUUUUCUUCUCUUUCCUACUUCUAUACCUCAUAUUUUAUGCUCUUGAACAUUAUUGUUUUAGUUACAACCAGACUAAGCAUCUGCCCCCAUCUAUUAACGCUAUCAGAGUGCUUUUGUAUUCUCUUUUACUUUGCUCACAUACUUAAUGGUCUUUCCCCUAUUCUGCUUGAAACAAAAGUAAAAAUUAGAAUCAUGCACUGGAAAACCAGGAAGACAAAGCACUAUUUAACUUUAAGCAGAGAAGUUCCAGAGGAUUAAAAUCUAAAUUCCAUUUUUACCCAUCUCAUUUUAACCAUUCAUUGACUAUCAGCGCAUGGAGGUAUAUCCAGGAUACCUUAGGUGGCACAAUUCGAGAAUUGACUACUCGUGGGUUAACACUGCACCUCGAGUGAGGCUGUGGGAUGCGGCGCUCCCUGGAACACCCCCAACAAUGACACAGCCCAACCUCGAGUCCUCGCCCCACGGACAAACGUGGCGCUACUUUAGAUACCUGGGGGCUGUUCAGGGCAUCCUAUUCGUGAGCCUUCCCAGCCUGGGUGCACGAACCUCCUGUCAGCCUCUCAGGGAAAGUGAGGGAAGGUGCGGGUGUGCAGUAAAAUAUCUCCGCGGCUUUUCUGCCGCUGCCGCAAGGUGUCCAGCUGGACACAGACCCCUGGAUGUUUUACAGAGGCGCUUUCUGCAGGCGCCCUCCGUGUGACUGAAUAAAGCACAAACACGUGGUUGUUUUUGUGCCGUUUGCACCUCAGCCUCUGGAAAUAACACUGUAAUUCCAGCGUACAGGGCUUCGUUGCAAAUAUGGACAUCGUGUUACAAAUAUGUUGAUUUUCAAUAAACUUUGUAUUUCUUUAGA